AAUACCGCGAUACUAACACGGUCAUACUCUAAAUAGUAAACAUAUCUGGAAGUUUAUUUACAGUUUUUGAAGUUAAAUACAGUUAAAUUCCGAGAAAUGACUCGCCACGCCCGCAACUGUACGGCCGGAGCUGUUUACACCUACAACGAGAAGAAGCGGGACGCGGCGGAAUCCGGCUAUGGAACAAAUGACCAGCGUCUGGGCAAGGAUUCAGUUAAAUCCUUCGACUGCUGCUCGUUGACGCUGCAGCCGUGCCGUAUUCCCGUUAUCACUAAGGAUGGCUAUCUGUUCGACAAGGAAGCCAUUCUGCAGUACAUUGUGACCAAGAAGAACGAAUAUAGUCGUCGGUUGAAGGAGUACGAGCGACUGAGGCGCGCCGAGGAGGAUCAACUGAACCAGGAGGCCAACAGCAAGCAACAGGCACGCAUGGAGCGCUUCGUGAAUGCCGAGAAGCCAGCUAUGACGCCCGCCCACUCCUCUGCCGCUGCCAGCGAGAAGGCAUCAACUUCAUCCGCCGCCUCAACUUCAUCCUCCGCAUCUUCAAUUUCGAACAUGACCAAUGGACAUGAGAAGAAGUUGCCCAGCUUCUGGCUGCCCUCCGAGUGCCCCAAUGCUGGGCUGGCCAAGGCCCAGAAGCCAGAUGCCACCAUCUACUGCCCGGUGUCCCAGCAACCUUUAAGAGUCAAGGAUCUGAUUGAUGUCAAGUUCACGCUGCUAAAGGAUGGUGAUACGAAGCGCUCGCUGAUUGCCAAGGAGGCCCGUUACAUGUGUCCCAUUACCCACGACGUUCUCAGCAAUGCAGUGCCCUGUGCCGUGCUGCGACCUACUGGAGAUGUGGUUACCAUGGAGUGUGUGGAAAAGUUGAUUCGGAAGGAUAUGUUACAUCCGCUCACCGAUCGUAAGUUGAAGGAAAAGGAUAUCAUUCCCCUGCAAAGAGGCGGCACUGGCUAUGCAACCACUAACGACAACCUGCAGGCCAAGGAAAAGCGACCCAUGCUCCAGGUCUAAGAUUUUUUAAGAUUUCCAUUAACUUCAGCUAUUUAAACCCUCUCCAAUAGAAUUUUUUGAAAAAGAAGCAUUUGAAACCCUAGGAAAGAAAUAGAUCGAUGCCAUGAAUUUAAAUUGCAAUCGGAUAUACAAAGGAUGAAGUCUGCUAGGUAAUUGACCUGAGAUCAUGUUUUUGUUACACUUAUAGAGUAUUUUCUAAACCAAAUUGCUUUUCAAAUCAUAACCAUGUUCCCCUUACAUACAGAUUAUGAAAUAAAAAGAAAAUAUAGAUUA